AUGGUGGCCGAAAUACACCAUCCUCCUUACCCACUGCAUUCCAGCGUCAAAGAUAGACUCCACCCAGACUAUGUGGCAUUCUACAACAAGUACCUCCUAACCCAACAGCCCGCCCAUCUUCAGCCCCUUGCGAUCUCUCGACGAGCUGGCAGCGUUGUUGUGUGCCAUAGCGACCCUCUCCCGGUCGGUAAAACGGAAGACUUGUUCAUCUCCCGACGAGAAACGCCCGGCCCGCAACUACCGAUCCGUUGCUUCACCCCGCCAGGAGAGCCACCGAGGUCAGGGUGGCCUGUCGUACUGUAUUUCCACGGGGGAGGGUGGGUAUUUGGGGACCUCGACACUGAAAACAAUGUCUGCACCAACAUGGCCGUCCGGGCAAAAUCGGUGGUGAUCACAACUGACUACAGGCUCGCCCCCGAGGAACCCUGGCCGGCCGCGAUCCAUGAUUCCUGGGAAGCAUUUCUUUGGACGACUGCACAAGGCCAAAGCCUUCUCAACAUAGAUCUAAGCAAGAUGGCCGUCAGUGGAGCAUCGGCCGGGGCCAAUAUCGCCGCAGUGAUUGCCCAAAAGGCCGCGCUUCGACCACAGCCGGGGGUGUCCAUGCGUUCGCAAGUGUUGGUGGUGCCCAUCACAGAUAACACAGCCACUCCAUAUUCCAGUCCGACAUGGAAGGCUUUUGAGUUCACUGCCGGACUGCCUGCAAAGAAAAUGCUUUGGUAUCGUCACCACUACCUACCUAAUCAGGCUGACCGGUCGCAUCAAGAGGCUUCGCCGCUGAUGGCCUCGGACGAAGUGUUUAAACAGCUGCCGCCUGCGAAAAUCCUGGUAGGUGAGCUGGAUGUGCUGCGACAUGAGGGCGAAGAGUAUGGCAGAAAACUGAAGGCCAACGGCGUGCCCGCCAGUGUGACCGUCAUGGAAGGGAUGCCGCACCCCUUUCUCGCCAUGGAUGCCGUGCUGGAGGCUGGUAAGAAGGCCAUCACGAUCAUGUGCGACCAGCUAGUUCGGGCCUUUGCUUGA